GGUCCCACCCCGGAUGUUCGCCCUUCGCUGACCGAGUCGGAGGCCAUGGCUGUGCAGGUUAUCAAGUGCAAGGCUGCAGUUGCCUGGGAGGCAGGGAAGCCUCUCUGUAUAGAGGAGGUGGAGGUGGCACCCCCAAAGGCUCAUGAGGUUCGAAUUAAGAUUAUUGCUACUGCAGUUUGCCACACUGAUGCCUAUACCCUCAAUGGGGCUGAUCCUGAAGGGAGUUUUCCAGUGAUCCUGGGACAUGAAGGUGCUGGAAUUGUGGAAAGUGUUGGCGAAGGAGUUACUAAGCUGAAGGCAGGUGAUACUGUCAUCCCACUUUACAUCCCACAGUGUGGAGAAUGCACAUUUUGUCUAAACCCUAAAACAAACCUUUGCCAGAAGAUAAGAGUUACUCAGGGGAAAGGAUUAAUGCCAGAUGGUACUAGCAGAUUUACUUGCAAAGGAAAGACAAUUUUACAUUACAUGGGAACCAGCACAUUUUCUGAAUAUACAGUUGUGGCUGAUAUCUCUGUUGCUAAAAUCGAUCCUUUAGCACCUUUGGAUAAAGUCUGCCUGCUGGGUUGUGGCAUUUCAACUGGUUAUGGUGCUGCUGUGAACACUGCCAAGGUGGAGCCUGGCUCUACCUGUGCCAUCUUUGGCCUAGGAGGAGUUGGACUGGCGGCUGUCAUGGGCUGUAAGGUGGCUGGUGCAUCCCGGAUCAUUGGUGUGGACAUCAAUAAAAAUACAUUUGCAAGGGCCAUGGAGUUUGGAGCCUCUGAAUGUAUAAACCCCCAGGACUUCAGUAAACCCAUCCAGGAAGUGCUCAUUGAAAUGACUGAUGGGGGAGUGGACUAUUCCUUCGAAUGUAUUGGUAAUGUGAAAGUCAUGAGAGCCGCGCUGGAGGCCUGCCACAAAGGCUGGGGCGUCAGCGUCAUAGUCGGGGUAGCUGCUUCGGGUGAAGAAAUCGCCACUCGCCCAUUUCAGCUGGUAACAGGCCGCGUGUGGAAAGGCACUGCCUUUGGAGGAUGGAAGAGUGUGGAAAGUGUCCCGAAGUUGGUGUCUGAAUAUAUGUCCAAAAAGAUAAAGGUUGAUGAAUUUGUGACUCAUAAUCUGUCUUUUGACCAAAUUAACGAAGCCUUUGAACUGAUGCAUUCAGGGAAGAGCAUUCGAACUGUUGUAAAGCUUUAAAUUCAACAGAGAAAACCUGUUCAUCCUUGUACUGAAGUCUUGUGGUCCAGCUGGAACAGCCAGACAAGCAGGGAGAAGAUCUUCCAAGUUCACAGCCUCUUAGACAUUCUAGACCUUCUAGACCUUCUCUACUACUACUUCUAGAGUAACGUACUCUAGGCAAUAAUAUUUUUUGUAUAAUUCAUAAAUCUCUAAUCAAGGACAAGGCUAAUACUGUCCUAAAUCUGUUUUCUGAACUCUCCUUCACAUGUAUAAUUGCCAACUGAUUAAGGAAUAUCCUAACAUAAUAAAAGUAAUUUCUGUGUAUGUGUAGACGUUGUCAUCUCUG